AUGGAAUCUCUCACCAGACCCUUCACCAUCACUGUCGACGGCCAGAAGGUCGCACCUCCAGUUGAAAAUGGCGAUGAUCGCAUUCAUGCCACAACUGGGAACGACGCCGCCGUCUUCACCCUCAAUGACUGCCAUCUCCAGUCUAAUGGUUGGUUCCUGGGCCGCUUCCAGGUCGAGGAUCGGAGCCUUUUGCCCAAGCGUGUUUACUGGUUCAAGGCUGGACAAGAGGAUAGCAUCCAGCCAGUUUUUGCUGUAGAGGAGGGGGACUCGGUUGUUCUGAAAUUCACAGGGUCGCCUCUCGUUGCUAUCGACAAUCGCCUCUUUGCAACCCUUCUCAACGGUGAAUUCCGAGAUGAGGUAUUGGUGCUGGUGGAAGCUGGCUUCACUCGCGUCAUGGGUUUCUCAUCGAGACAAGGCAGUGGCAUUACCUUACGUUGCUCUGUGCUGAAAUGGAAAACCUACUUGACCUUUGUCGUUCCUACAGUCAAAUUGCACUCUCAAAGUUCAUGA